AUGGAUAUUCAUUCAGAUUUGAAUGAGCCUAUUACACCAAGGCAAAUAUUUGAGAAUAUGCAUUAUUGGAAGCAUGAAGAUAGUGGUUACCAAACUUCUUUUACACCAGAAUCUUUAGAAUGCUCAGGUAUUUCUGGAAAUAAUUUAAAUUCUACAUUAUUCAAACGAAAAAUAAAUUUUGUUGGACAGCUUCAACUUGAUUGCUAUGACCUAACGAAAGAAGUUACCUUUGGACCAACACUAAAUUAUAGCUCUGGACUUAUUAAGCCAAAUGGAGAUUAUAAAGAAUCACCACAAAAUCGAAGAGGAACUAAACGGGUAUUUCAAGAGGAAGCAGACAGUAUAGAUGUCAAUAGUUCCAUCCCAACACCAACUUCCAUGAUAUCAGGUGGACUACGCAAACUAAAGUUUAAUGAAAGUCACAAAUUAAAUGCAAAUUUAACUUCAAGUUUUACAGCUGGCGAUAUUUACAAUAUUAAUGAGAAUAUUCAUUCACCAUAUCCUACAACACCCAUCAAAAAGAACUGCAGAAGUAGUUGUAAGUUGAGUAGUCCCUUGAAUCCAAAAAGACCAGUAAAGAAGCUUAAUUUUGUUAUUCAUUCAAUAUCUUGUGAUACACAAGCAUUGCAACCAGCAGCAAAAUUUGCUAAGCAGGAAACUGAAAUGAAAAAAUAUCAUUUCAAACCUAAUCAAAAAAUUGAUAUAAUAAAACUUUUAUACAAUAGCAAAAUGAUGCCUCCAAUAAUGAAAAUUUUGAAUUACUUAUCUCCUGAAGAUAUUUUUAAUUUUAAACUAGUUAGUCCAUUUUGGCAAAGUAUAUGGAAUGAUGUUAGUAUCAAAUCUAAAAAAAAAGAAUAUCUAAACUUUUUAGCUAAUGUUAAAGAAAACCAAGAAAAUAAAAUGUCUACACCUAAAAAUAAUGACACAAAUCAAAUAAGGCCUUUAAUGGAGAGACAUAACAUUUGUUAUCCAAGGCAAGUUACUUCUUCAAAAAGCCCUCCUGGUACACCAAGAACGAUUAGAUUCAAAAGAUAUACUAAAGCAGCUUCAUUAGAUUCUCGCAAGCAGUUAUCAUGUGUAAGAUGUUGUCAACCAGCCAAAGUUACAGAAGAAAAUUCCGGAGAAGAAUGGGUAGAGUGUACUAGUGAAACAUGCGCCUACCAAUUUUGUAAGUUCUGUAAAUGUGAACGGCAUCCAGAUAAGAAAUGUUUCCAAUAUGACUUGGAUGGUCCAAGUCCUUCUAAAAGAAAGAAAAGUACUUGUGCAGUCGGUACAAAAAAAAGUAGAAAGAAUUUAAGGAGACUUCUGUCA